CGGGCAGAACCGGGGGUGGCAGCGCGGCCCCUCCGCCACCGGUACCGGUACCGCUCGUGCCGCGCCGCACGGAGAGGCACAGCCAUGGGCAAGCACAGCAGCAAGCUGGCCCCCGAGAUGCUGGACGACCUGGUGAGGAGCACGGAGUUCAGCGAGCAGGAGCUGAAGCAGUGGUACAAGGGUUUCCUCAAGGACUGCCCCACCGGAAUCCUCAACCUGGAGGAGUUCCAGCAGCUCUACAUCAAGUUUUUUCCCUAUGGUGACGCCUCCAAGUUCGCCCAGCACGCGUUCCGCACCUUUGACAAGAACAGCGACGGCACCAUUGACUUCCGAGAGUUCAUCUGUGCCCUGUCUGUCACCUCCAGGGGGACCUUUGAGCAGAAACUCAACUGGGCCUUCGAGAUGUAUGACCUGGACGGGGACGGGAAGAUCACACGCUUGGAGAUGCUGGAGAUCAUUGAGGCCAUCUACAAGAUGGUGGGGACCGUGAUCAUGAUGCGGAUGAACCAAGACGGGCUGACGCCCCAGCAACGUGUCGACAAGAUCUUCACAAAGAUGGACAAGGACAAGGACGACCAGAUCUCCCUAGAGGAGUUCAAGGAGGCAGCCAAGAGCGAUCCCUCCAUCGUCCUCCUGCUGCAGGGUGAUGUGCAGAAAUAGGGCCCAGGGCUCAGGGCCGGACUGGCUGCAGCCAACCUCAGCUCCCCACAAUGGUUUCUGUCCCCACUCCAUGCUGAGUGCCUGUGUGCCCGCUUGGCCCCAUGCUCCAUUCCUGCUGCCACCCUUCUGCUCUGCUCCUGGGCACUGCCGGCUCGAGGUCCCCUAAACCAGACCUUGCAGCUAAACCGCUGAACCAGGGGAGCAUCCUGACACCCCAGGGCCAGCUGUCCUCGCACCCUGUUGCCCGCUGUCCCCAUGGGGAUCCCAGUCCCAGCUCUUCCCCUUCACACUGCCCCUGCUGCUGAAGGGCUCAGGAUCCUGGCCCUGGUGCCUGCUCUGCAGGCAGUGCCCCACGGGGCUGCCGGGGCUCAGGACUGGCCCUAGGUUGUGUCAUGCCCCCACCCCCACCACCCAGCUGUAGAUUUUCUGCUUCUGCUUUUGAUGGUGGAAAUAGCCAAGGGUUGGUCAGGGGACUUCAGGAAGUGUCCAAGGCCACCCUUGGCUGUGGCGCAUGUCUGAUCCCAGGAACCACCCCAUCUCUGGUGGCUGACUUCCAGAACUGCCCUGGCACCACUGAGUUGCCUGGUGGGUUUCUGGCUCUCCUGACCCCUUCGGUCCCAGCCCCCUCCCCCCCCAGGGCAGCAAUGUUGUCACAGAGUGGUAUUUAUUCUGCACAUUGUGGUGAUGAUGACUGUGAUAUGUUAGGAGGCUGUGGA